CCGCGGGCGUGCGGGCGCAGCUGCCUUUGGGAGAGGGCAGGGAAGACCGGAAGGCCUCUUCCUUGGUGUUCUGGCGGGAUGGUGCUCCCCUCCCCCAUCCCAGAGGCAGUUCCACUCUCUGCGCAGGAAGCCUCCGCCGCGGCUCGCCUCGGGCCCCCCCCCGCCAAUGCCUUUUUGCCAAAGUUGCCCUUGGGGUCGGGGCUGGGGAGUUCCCGUUAGUCGCAGGGCCCGGGUGGGGCCGGUGCGGGGCGCGGGGUUGGAGGCGGCUGGGUCCCGGUGGCUCCUGCGGGGCCCCACCGGACGUCUGGGCCCCGGAUGCCCGUCGGUGCCACGCUGGCCCUCAGGCUCUGCGGGGUGGCCUCUUGAUCCUCCGGCGGCGCAUCCCUUGCCCGCAGCUCUAGCUUCGGUCUUCAGGCCUCGGCCCUGGCUCUGCGUCUCCAGCCAGUAUAGUCCAAGCCACUUGUCAGGGUGCUUAUAAACCCUCUUUGGUUUUUUCAGCACAAUCUAGGGACACGAGUGAUUUGAGAUAGUUGAUCUCUAGCAAAGAGCUAAAGCAAAGACUGACACUAAAUUGGACAUGUUCUAGUUCAAGUUUUUUCCUGUGGCAUUUUUGUGUUUCAUUUCUUUCAAAGUCUGUAAAAUAUAUAUGUUUCAAGAUGAGGAUGGAAAAGAACGUGCUUUUAAAACUGUAGAGAACUAUAGCUUUUUAUUGUAAAUGCUUGUUUUAUGUUUAUACCGAUUAGAAAGAGAAUACAUUGCAUGAAAGGCCUUAAAAAGGUUGAACUCUUUGAUGUAAGUGCUGACUGGCUAUUGACUGUAGUGUUUGAUACUUAGACGUUCUUAAUUGCUGAAAAAAAUGACAGAUGGAAAGAUGCUGACAAGUGUCUUGCUUGUUGUGAAGAUCAAAUAAAAUAAGGAAAAUUCAAAGUAAACUCAACAGCACUAUAAGUGUAUGAUCACAUCACGUGUAGUGCUGAUAUACCCAGAAAUUGGUGAAGCAGCAAAAAUGGCUUUUUUUUUACCAUCUGCGAAAACUUGCUGUAAUUCAUUUUUCCUCACUCCAGUAUUAAGAAUUAUACCAAAUUAAAAAGAUAUGAAUGAAUAUCCUAAAAAAAGAAAAAGGAAGACUUUACACCCUUCUCGUUAUUCAGAUUCCUCUGGAAUAAGCAGAAUUGCAGAUGGAUUCAAUGGAAUUUUUUCUGAUCAUUGUUAUAGUGUUUGUUCUAUGAGACAACCAGACUUAAAAUAUUUUGACAACAAAGAUGAUGAUUCUGAUACAGAGACAUCAAAUGACUUGCCAAAAUUUACAGAUGGAAUCAAGGCCAGAAACAGAAAUCAGAACUACCUGGUUCCCAGUCCUGUCCUUAGAAUUCUAGACCACACUGCCUUUUCUACAGAAAAAUCUGCUGAUAUUGAAAUUUGCGAUGAAGAGUGUGACUCCCCUGAAUCAGUCAACCAGCAAACUCAAGAGGAAAGCCCUAUAGAAGUUCACACUGCUGAAGACGUUCCAAUUGCUGCAGAAGUGCAUGCAAUUUCUGAAGAUUAUGAUAUAGAGACAGAAAACAAUUCCUCUGAGAGUCUCCAAGACCAAACUGAUGAAGAACCACCAGCUAAACUUUACAAAAUUCUUGACAAGAGCCAAGCUUUGAAUGUGACUGCCCAGCAGAAAUGGCCUUUACUGAGAGCUAAUAGCAGUGGCCUCUAUAAAUGUGAACUUUGUGAGUUCAACAGCAAAUAUUUUUCUGAUUUAAAGCAGCAUAUGAUCUUGAAGCAUAAACGUACUGAUUCAAAUGUGUGUCGAGUAUGCAAAGAAAGUUUCUCUACCAACAUGCUUCUGAUCGAACAUGCCAAACUGCAUGAAGAGGAUCCCUACAUUUGUAAAUACUGUGAUUAUAAGACAGUAAUUUUUGAGAACCUCAGCCAGCACAUUGCAGACACCCAUUUUAGCGAUCACCUUUAUUGGUGUGAGCAGUGUGAUGUACAGUUCUCCUCAAGUAGUGAACUCUACCUACAUUUCCAGGAGCACAGCUGUGAUGAACAGUACUUGUGUCAGUUCUGUGAACAUGAAACGAAUGAUCCGGAAGACUUGCAUAGCCACGUGGUAAAUGAGCAUGCAUGUAAAUUAAUAGAGUUAAGUGAUAAGUAUAACAAUGGAGAACAUGGACAGUACAGCCUUUUAAGCAAAAUUACAUUCGACAAAUGUAAAAACUUUUUUGUAUGUCAAGUCUGUGGGUUUCGGAGUAGACUUCACACAAAUGUUAACAGGCAUGUUGCUAUUGAACAUACUAAAAUUUUUCCUCAUGUUUGUGAUGACUGUGGGAAAGGCUUUUCAAGUAUGCUAGAAUAUUGCAAACAUUUAAAUUCACAUCUCUCUGAAGGGAUUUAUUUAUGUCAGUACUGUGAAUAUUCAACAGGACAGAUUGAAGAUCUUAAAAUUCAUCUAGAUUUCAAGCAUUCGGCUGAUUUACCUCAUAAAUGUAGUGACUGCUUAAUGAGGUUUGGAAAUGAAAGGGAAUUAAUAAGUCACCUUCCAGUCCAUGAGACAACUUGAUUGUUCUCUUUAACUUCCAUAAUGUUGAUGUAAAAUAAUAAAUUCGACUUUUUUGGAGAUGUUAAAAUGGACGAUUUAAAACACAACUUAUGAGAACUGUCUUUAACAAGAUUUUUUGAAUCGCCAAUUUUCUUGGCAUCGCUACCUUUUUCAGUAUAUAAUUGUAUCCUAAAUGUGGUAUUUUCAAUGUAUUGUAGUUUGUAGUUUUAACCACUUUUGGUAACUAUCGUGUUUCUUGCAUGUGCUCUGACUUCAUAAAUUGAUGAGAAACAGAUGUACUAAAGAAACUAGACUACGGUUUUCCUUCCAUAAACAUAGGUGCUGUAAACUUUUUCUCCUUUAAACCCAAAACAAGAUCAGUUUUUCGUGUAUGAAGUCGUUAAAGUACUGCACUACCAGAACAAAAGUGCAACAUAAUACACACUUAAGUCCACUGAUCUCCCAUUAAGAAGAUCCAGACCCUGCUUUCGCAUUCCCCAGCAGUUAUUAUGCCCAAGACAAUCCAUGAACUCCCCAUCUGUGUGAUUCUUUCAGUGACACGAGGAGACCAGUGUUACGGUAAGGAGAGAUCUGGCUUUCUUGGCAGUCUUUUUUUUAAUUCUUGCUUUAUUUUAGCCCCUAUCUAUGUGCUAAAUAAUUUUAAAUGGGGAAGAACUGGUAAAGAGAUAGACAAUAAAGUAACAAAUUAUAACAAACUGCUAUAACAAAUUAUAACAAACUGAGUGGCUUAAAGCAUAGAAAUUUAUUGUCUCACAGUUUUAGAGGCUAGAAAUUCAAAAUUGAAGUGUUAGCAUAGUUGAUUCCUUCUGAGAGCUGUGAGGGAAGGAUCUGUUCACCGCGAUUCUCCUUGAGUUGUACAUGGCUAUCUUCACGUUCACAUGGUCUUCUCCCUGUGUGGAAGUCUGUUUCCAACUUACCCUCUUUUACAAGGAACCAACCAAUCGUUGGGUUAGGGCCUAUGCUUAUAGCCUCAUUUUAACUUGAUAAAGGCACUAUCUCCAAAUAAGUUUGUAUUUUGAUGAACUGGGGCCCAGGACUUCAACAUGUGAAGGGAGUGAGGGAGAGGCACAACAACCACAGUUCAGUAACAGCUUCUUGUAGUAUCAGGAAGAUAGAAUUUUGUACAUCAUUGGCCUCACAUAUAAUAAACACUGCCGCUAACAAACUAUAUUGUCACUCAGGAAUAUUGAUGUAGUUGAAAAGGCCAAUAUAUGACCUGUGUUUUUCUUACUUCAAGACAUGGGAAUUUAGUCUUUUGAGAAUGGUAGCAGCAACAAGCUUUUCAACUUGUUGCUGCCACCAUUCUGUCUGUCAUAUAUGUAUACCUGUAUUCCUAGAAACUACCAUUUCAUCUGAUUAUAACAUUCCAGGUAGGGCUGUCUGAUACAAAUGUUUCUUAGAAAACCUAUAAUUAAAUUGGAAGAAAACUUUAGAAACCAUCUGGUCUAUACCCUCUAGUUUUCUACGUUUCUUAUAGAAAUAGAAACUUAGGUUAUUAUUAGGCAGAGGUCACGAAGCCAGUUAUAGCAGACGGGAAUGGAAUCCAAGUUAUUUGGCUUCCAGUCUAGUGAUGGUUCCGUGACACCAUGUUACAUAAAAAUCUAAGCUUUGUCCUUGGGAUGUUUUUCAUGAUUACUUAAUCUGGCUAUUCAACUACCUUCUUGGUAAUUCUGUUUUUAUACUUUCUUGAUAUACAUCCAGCUUCAGGAAUUUGAUUUUUAGAAAACAAACCUUAAGUAAGUAAUGCCUUUUUUUUUUCAGUUGUGUAUUUUACAGCUUUACAUUUGAUCAGGUGUUAGUAUUCAAAUUAGAGAUGGUAAUGAAACUACUCCAGAGGCAUUAAAUCCCAGUUUUAGAACCAUAUAAUUUAGUGGUUUUUUUGAUGAAUCUGCAGCUUGUGGCCACAUCUCACUGACAGUUUGUCCAAUAAAACCUUUUGCUUUGACUCAGCUUUCAAAGAAGCCUGUCAGUAACCAUAAAUUGCUGAGGUAGCAAGUCUAUAUUUUUAGCUUAAUGAACUUCUUUGGAAAAACAGACGUACCUAAAAAGAAGAUUUUCUAACUGCUUCUGGAUUUUAUUCUACACAAAGACAUUUCCACUGUACUCUUUUGUGACUCAAGAAUACAUGAUACAUGCUGUUUUUUAACACUAGAAUUCUUGGCAGCAGUGAACAGUAGUGAUGGAUCUUUCAUUUUUCUUAUUUUUUUUUAAUCUUCACCUUGCAAUGUGUGUUAUUUGAAAAUGAAUGUGUGGUACUCAAAAGCCUCUCUUCCUGCUUAUAAAUUUGCCAGUUUUACCAUUUUAAAUCAACUUAUUCCUCUGAGUGUGUAUAUUAACCAGUUUCUCAGUUUCACAGGGUCCAUAGCCUGUUAAAUGAUUGCUAAAUUAUUGGUAGGUAUAGCCAGUAGGGUCUUUUUUUUUCCCCCAAUAAACUAACACUUAAAAAGAAUAAAUAAAUAAAUAAAAGCCAAUAAACUAACACUAUUCCUAAUUUUUAAAUCUGAUUUCCAAAGCAUUGAAUUACUUAAUUCCUGGCACUUUACAGUUAAUCUUGCUGUAAAGUUUUCUCAGUGUUACCUUUUGCAAGCAGGUUACUAUAUUCCCCAAACUACUGUUAUUAAUUUUUAGUGGAAUUUUGAUGAUGUAAGAGCACUAUAAGUGACAUAAAUUUGAAAAAGCUAAUAAAAAGCAAAUAGCCAAGGGAAUUCCCUGGUGAUCCAAUGGUUAGGACUCCAUGCUUCUACAGCAGGAGGCAUGGGUUCAAUCCCUGGUCAAGCAAUGAAGAUGCCCCAAGCCGAGUAGCGCGGCCAAAAGGAAAAAAAAAAAAUCGACUAGCCACAAUCCUCUUGGGAAGCAGGUUGACUUAAAAGAAUCAAUACUAUUUAUUUAACUGAAAAUAAAUAGUUUAACUGUAAAUCCCAACAAAGAAGCAAAUACAGUUAGUUUUACCCCACAAUUAACAGUCUCAUCCCCAUAAAUUAAAAAUGAACUUUUGAAUAUGUAUUCCUUUGUAACUUUCACUUUGGAUGACUAAAGAUAGAAUAUCCACGAGAAUUAUUAUUCAUGGCAUUGAGUUUAUGGAUCUACAAAUAUACCUUAUAUUGGUUUAACUUUCCAUAAAUUAAUCUCUUAAGACAACAUUCAAAUCUAAGAGAAAGAAAUGUGUACAUUUAUGGUGUAAAAUAUAAAUUCACAAAGCUGAAAGUUGUCACAUGUAAUUUACAUGUUUGUAUGAAGUUAUAUGCUCAAUUUGUAAGUUUAAAAAACUUAACAUUUUAAUAGCCUAUUAGUUGCUUGGAGUGUGCUUCAUACUAGUGAUUUGAAAAAUAAUUUUCUGUAUGAAGAUCUUCCACAUUAAAGCAUCACCACAACUUCCUUAUUAAGUUCAUUCUCCUUAGUAACCUUGGUAUUAAACUGGUGAUAACUACCUGAACCCCAAAUAAAUCACAUUUAUGAAAAGUAAUUUCUUCACAGUAAAAAACAAUUUUCUCAUAUUGCUAAAUAGGAAUAUUGCAUUAUCUACUAGUCUGAUUCCUAUAUUUUGAAAGGGAUGACUAGAUACUUCUUGAAAGGAAUUUUUGUUGUCACAACAUUUGUUUGUUGUUAUUUAUUUUGAGUUUUAAAUAUGCAAACAAAUAUGACCUGGACAAUUUUUUUCUUGCUAAAAAUAUUGAGCUGAGUGACUUACACAUUGAAAAAUUUAAUGCAAAGUAUGUUUUGAUUAAAAACUCAGCAUUUUCUAUUUUUUAAUACCCAGAUAGUGUCCACUACUGAAAAACAUUACAGUUGAAAUAAUUGAUACUUUUGCCCUUAUUCUUCAGAAUAAGCUGAGAUUAGGAACUGGAAUCAUACCAAAAUAAAACAGAAAUGUAAUUUCUCAUGGUUUUUUUUGGUUGUUAUAUUUUUUGUUUUUUGAUUCUCUGCUUAAAGACCAUUUACCAUGAUGUUUUGGAUUUUAGUUGGCUAAAAUCGGAAACUAUUGAAUUCUCUUUUCUUGCCUACCCUGCACAUUUUAUUUAGGGUUACCAGUCCUCUGCUAUAGCAUUAUGUUUUUUUAAAACAUAUUGCUCAAACUAUGCUCUAUGACUGAUUACCCUCCUCUUUGCAACUCUUCCUCACCUCAUUUGGAUUUUCAGAAAGUCUCAAAAGAUUAAAAUUUUCCCAAUUAGCAAGGUGAGAGUGAAUUAGUUUUCUUUAAUUCUUCCUUCUCUCUAUUCUCCAAACUGUGUUAAAAUGACUUACUCCUUUCAAACCAUAUACCUAGCACAUCACUCACUUCUGUAACCUAUACAUAUUUUAUAAAUUCCUGUCAAACAGCAGUGCUGAAUUUAUAAAUUUCAAUGUGUCUAUUUUGGAUUUUUAAGAAGCAGAAUAUCAUGGCACUUGCAGAAUCUUAGUUCCCCAACCAGGGAUUGAACCCAGGCCACGGCAGUGAAAGCGCCAAGUCUUAACCACUGGAUGGCCAGGGAAUUCCCUCAUGGCACUUCUUUCUUUGUGGUUACAAGAUAGUGGUUAACUGCCUUAUGGCAGAGAUCCAAUGUUCUUUAGUGAACAACUACAUUGCUGAAGUAGAGAAACUAACACAAAAUGACAGUGUUAGUUUGGGAGGAACCUCAUAAAUCAUCUAAUUCAGACUCAUAAAGCUCACAACAUAUAAAAAUAAUUAUGUAUAGUACAGUUUCAUUUUCAUGGUUGUAAAUUACAUGUAAAAUGUAGCACAUUAAAUCUGAUUCAUGCAUUUUUUACUUAGGACACAAUUUUUUUUUUUAAAGCAAACAUUUAAGAAAAUGCAUGAAGUAAAUAAUGAUACAUGGACAUGGAAAAAAAUUGGGCAGGUAAAACAUGAAUGACUGAAGUUUGAGUAUAUAAAAUUCUGGUCUAAACUUGUUUAUAGCUUAGAAAAAUGUUUCUCUAAAAAGUCAUUAGUCAAAUACUUUUUAAGGUAGGAUAAACAGGACUUCUAACUCUCUACCACUCUUCAAAGAAUUUUCUUUAGAAAAAGUGAAAAUGUGCCCUAUUUUUUCUGUAGAAUGUCAUACCAGACAACUGAAGAGAGAAAAUAAUGUUAUAGAGAGUACUGGACCAUGGCAUGUGAUUUUGUUUUCUAGUCCGUUUGCUAACCACAAAUUGUGUGAGUAACCAAAGACAAUGGAUGUAAUGUUACCAACUUUUUCUCCUUAAAAACUUCUAUUUCACUGCUAGUCUGUUUAAGAAACAGCUAUGGAAUAUCUCCUAUCAAACCACAUGCACAGGGAUACAAAGAUAACCUAUGGUUCUUGUCCUCAAAAGCUUUACCAUGCACAGCAGGAAAUUCUUCUCUGUCACUCUUCUGAACUCCAAUUCAGUUAAAUAUGAAGCUGAGUGCUUUCUGUAUUUCUAAGUAUUCACUUUCUAUAUAAUGCUACCGUAAACAUUUUGGUGUACGUUAAGGUAUUUUGGGGUUUUGGUUUUUUUUCCUUGGGGGGGGAGGUGGGCUUUGUGUAUAUAUUUUUUGGUAUGCUUGUGAUUAAAUACCUCCAAAAUAAUAUCCAGAAUGGCUCGUUUAUACUCCCAUCAGCUGAUCAUGUUUCCCUACAUCCUUAUGGACAGUAUUAUACAACUUUUUAAUUUUGGUAAAUCUGAGGGGCAUAAAGUAGUAUGUUAUUGUUUGAAUUUGCAUUAUUUGAUUACUAACAAGAUUGAAAAUAUUUAAAUAUACUUAUGAGACAUUUUGGUUUCUCAUUUUGUGAAGUGCCUCUCUAUAUCCUUUGUUCCUUUUUUUCCCCCCAUUUUUGGCUGCACCAUGUAGUUUGCGGGAUCUUAGUUUGUCGAGCAGGGAUUAGAUCCAGGCCAUGGCAGUGAAAGGGCCAAGUCCUAACCACUGCACCGCCAAGGAAUUCCCCUUUGUUCACCUUUCUGUUGGGUUUUCUGGUUAAUUUUGAGAAGUUCUUAAAAAUUUUAAAUAUUGGUUCUUAGUUGAUGAUAUACACUGCAAAAAAUAGAUUCCCAGAUUGCCAUCCAUCUGUUACUGAUGUCUUUGGUUGAACACAAAUCUUUACAUUGGGACUUCCAUGGUAGUCCAGUGGUUAAGGCUGUGUGGUCUCAAUGCAGGUGGCAAAGUUUUCAUCCCUGGUCAGGGAACUAAGAUCCCAGAUGCUGCAUGGUGCCAAAAAGAAAGGGAGGGAGGAAAGGAAGGAAGGAAGGAAGGUAGGAAGGCAGGCAGGCAGGCAGGCAGACAGGCAGGAAGGGGAAAGAAAGAAAGAGAGAGAAGAAAGAAAGAAAGAAAGAGAGAGAGAGA